GCUGGAUGACCUCCAUUUGCCAGCUAACUGUUUGGCGUUAGAGUCAAACUACCAAAGCCAUCCGUUGGCCAUUUGUUGUUUUUACAGCGAGGUCAAAAUGACCAACGCCAAGCCUCACCUUCUUGCCAAACCUGGCGAAGAGGACGUUGAAGAAAUAGCCGAUGCCUCUGAUAUCUUUGAACCACCUCCUCCUGGGACACCACCACCGACAGACCAUUUACUGGACUAUGACUCUGCCAGUCCGAACCUCCAAACCAUUUCUUCGCAAAGCUCCAUAUCCCUCCCUGAAAGAUCUACACGUUCCGGUGUCCAUAUGGUUGCCAUCGACAAUUCUCCUCUAUCAGACGAGGCAUUCGAUUGGGCUUGCAGGACAUUAGCCAAAGACGGGGAUGAAAUAGUUUUGGUCAAUGUGGUGAAAGACGAUGGAUAUGUGAAAAUGCUGAGUGAGGAUUAUGAAAAGGGGACACACAACUUGGAGAAUAUGUUAGAACAAAUGGGAACAGAGAUGCGCAAGACGUUCCGUCGCAGACUGGAGGCGUUUCCAGUCAAGAACAUCCGCCUCUCUGUUCACGUCAAACUGUCGGAUUCGCCAAAGACAACCAUCUGCGAGCUGGUAGUCGUAACAUCUGUCAUAGGAAAAGAGGUACUACAUUCACGGCAGACAUUCUAAUUACCUUAGGCAUCGGAACUCGCUGUGGACACUCUCGUUCUGGGGUCGCAUGGUGUAUCUCCUCUCAAGCAUCUUUUGCUGGGUAGCACUUCUGCAUAUUGCAUGCGUCAUGCCGCAAUGCCGGUUGUCAUUGUACGACACAAAACUACAGCACCUGCACAGCUGGACAAGGAUCACCAUGCUAAGCACCGGUGGAGUUUAUUGGGAAGGCAUCGAGACGGAUCGGCGCGUAAGGCAGAGGGACAUGGGGACCUGCCCCCUGCAGUAGAAUAGUUUUGCGCAGUCAGCUACAAGGAGUGAAUUGCUCAAGUCGUCGUUAGUCUAGCUAUUUGUUGUUUUGCAAUGAAAACAGACGGACAUUAAGCUCCGGUCCUUGCGAACAAAGA